CGGCGGCGGGCGCGCUGCGGGGCUUGGUGCGGGGCUCGGUGCGGGGCGGCCGCCGCCGCGCCUCGGCCACGGUGAUAUUGCUGUCGCCGCCGAGGGCGGCUGUGGGGCUGCCGGAGUGAUAUUCCGCUCAGAAUAGCUGGUUACUGAGUGUGCUGGUAGGUGCUGUGAGACUGGGCUAAGCAGCCAGCGGAGCUGGUGGCCUUCUUACUGCUGUAGUGUAGGUGACUGCAUCAAACGGGGUUUGGACAAUACUGAGUCCACGAUCUACCAGAGCUGCAUUCAUCUGCCACUGUUGACAGCGGGUAGGUCACAGUGCUGGAGCAUUCCCAAAGCUGGCUGGAUGAUUUCUUUGGCUUUGACAUGUAGCACUGGGCUCAGUCACGGUUUCGCUUGGUCAUAACACAAUUAAAAUUGCACAGUGAUUCUGAUAUGAAGAGAAUUCCAUAGCACCAAGCAUGGGUCCUGUGGUCUUCCUAUAGCUAGUUCCUUCUGUCUGUAACUUUUAUAAAUACUGAGUACCAUCUCACACCUUUCAGAAGUGCUUCCCUGCUCUUGCCAAGGUCUUUCACUGAAAGAAAAAGAUGACAAGUUACAAGGUAGCUGCUUAGUUAUUGAUCUUGUCUGCCUAAAGGGAAGCCUGCGAGCGUGAUUCCAGUGAAGCUUGUUUUUGGCUUGGCUGGCGUGGCUGCUGUAGGGUUUUGCAUGAUUCGGGUUAGGAUUCCCGCUGGUGCACUUACAGUAACUUGUUAAAAGUGGAAUGCUAAUUUGUGAAAUAGCUUAAUGUUUGUGUCUAGUAGCUGGAGUUUAAACCCUGCCCAGUGUCAAACCAGUUGAGGGCACUUCUAGAGUGCUGAAGGAUGGAAAACUAGUGACUUCGGAGAUGGUUAUCAGGGCUAAGGGGAAGAAUAAUCCUCCUAAUUCUUUUUCUGUCAAGCAUAGCACUUCUUGGUGCGUGUCCUCUGUUACCGGCAGGUGAAGAAGUGACUGCCUUACUGAGAGACACACACAAACCAAAAGCCAUCGUGUGGAUACAUCUGAGUAAAUGUAUCUUUACUGCGGCACUUACUCUCCUUUAUAAUAAUUGAUGCAUCAAUAGGAAAAAGAACUGUCCCAUUAUUUCAGGAAAGAUUUAAUAGUUUUAAUCUGUAGUUUAAAUGGUGUAAUUUAUGUUGGACUGUAGGAAAGUGCUGGAUACUGGCUGCAUCCUGCAUCUGUUACACAUCCGUAUUUACUCAUGUACAUACAAGUGUAAAAACAAACAAACCCCUUUAAUGUAAUCUCUCUGAUAGCGAGAAAGCUUCGAGAGAAGUCAUAGCAGCAGAUCGGUUAAGUACUGUGAUACUGUCAUGGCCUGUUCUUGCAGCGUUGAUCCAGUUAUUAAUCACUAGGAGGCCCUGAUGUAUUAUUUAGGGUUGCAUAGGUUUUGUACCCUUCUGUUGAGGAACAGUCAUCUUCUAAUUUAAGAAUUAAGAGUAUCAAAAUCUUAGUCGUCUCAACCAAGCUUUCAUGUAACAGAUUAUCUUGCUGAGUGGGAUAAUAGAGUCGAUUAAAGUCUCCCUAACACUUCUCCACAAAUCACUUGCCCUCACUCACAGCAGAGGUACAAUUGGUUGCUAAACUUAGAUGAAAUUCUGUAGCAGCUGUUGAGAUGCAGCAUAGCUAUUAAUUAGUUAGAAUUUCCUUUGUUAAUCUUUUUCCCAUGUUUGAAGCCAACUGAUUUAUUUUUUUAAGGCUAUUAAUAUGAAUAACACUCCAACCUAGUGUUUGCUUUCCAAAGAUGUCUGGUUUGUUAUUUUGAACGAAAACAAAACAAAAAUUAUUUUUUUAUGCUGGUAGGGAAGCUUCUCUGUCACGUAGUAUGUUGCAGGUCACUUUCACAGGUGUUGCACUAAAUGAUCUUUCAUUUUUUCAAUAUUUGUAGAACAUUUAGGUUUGCUAAGUGCUCUUUCAUUCUAGAUAAACAAAACCAUCUGAGUACUGGAAUAAUGUAACCUCUCCAGCAAGAAUACACCAAACCAUGUAAUGGCAGAUCUGUGCCUUUUUUGAAGAUGCGUAAGAAAAUCAUAGUUCUGCAGUGGUCAGCUCUGUUUCUUCUAAUGGGAUGUGUUUAAUGUAUUGCUCAGUUUUUACAGAAAAUGUAGCUUUAUUUUGUGUUUUACCUUCUGUGCUUCAUACCCAAGAAAAAGACAGACGUUAAGAUUGCACAGUAUUAAAAUCAGCCUCUUUUUCAGUGUUCCUGGCAAUAAUCUUUAACUUAAAUAGCUGUUGAUAAUAUGAUGAGAAAGGCUAGAUGUUAUUUAUUUCAUUUGGGUUUAAACAAUGCAAAUGUUUUAUGUUCAUUAUGUUGAAAAAGAUAGUCACAAGAUUCUUUCUCUGUUCCUACUUUGAACUUCCCCAUUGUACAUCAUCAUAGAUCUUGUGGAUCUGGCGUUUUGAUGCAGAUGUGGGUUUUUCCUUUGGUUUUGAUUUCCAUCAAAAAUUUGUCACCCUAUAUACUUGUAAACUUACCAUUGCACAGAGUAUUUUAGUCCCCAAAUUAUAUUUUUUUGCAAUUCAGUCUGGAAAAAAACCCAAAAAGGACGAAUUAAAAGUUAAACUAAGCAGAUAAAAAAAAAAUCUUAACUGUUUCUGUGAAAUGAGUACACAUGUAUUCACGAUGGUGUAACACGUGAAAUCAAAUGAAGUGUAGGAAAUGCUAGCAUUUGGCUUCGGUCAACCACUUUGCUAACUGCUCAGUGAACUCCUUACAAGGUUGGCAUUUAAUGAUUUGAGAAUGAAUCACAAUCAGCUUUCUCUUUUAGAUUGAUCAAUGCUAGUUAAAGAAGUAAAGAAUAUAGGAGAUACUUUUAUCUGUUCUCUUGAGCCAGAGUAUCUUCUUUUCACAUAAUAUACCCGUAUUUCCUGAAUCCUAGUUUUAUAAUAUAUUAGUAUUUCUGCCGAGUUUAUCAUGAUGCUUAUACUAAAUAGCUCUUUUUAUUAGUUUGCAGGCUGAAAUCAUCAGUCAGCUUUCUUGCUCGACCAGAUCGACCAAGUCUUGCUUAUCAUAAGCUAAAAGGCAGGAAUCCAGGGGUUGUUUUCCUUCCAGGCUUGAAUUCAAAUAUGAAUGGUCAGAAAGCAACUGCUCUUGAAGAUUUCUGCAACUCUCUAGGUCAUGCCUUCAUCAGAUUUGACUAUACAGGAUGUGGAAGUUCAGAUGGUAAAUUUGAGGAGUGUACAGUUGGGAAGUGGAGAAAAGAUGUUCUGUCUAUACUGGAUGAACUUACAGAUGGACCACAGAUUCUGGUUGGCUCUAGCUUGGGUGGAUGGCUGAUGCUUCACGCUGCAAUAGCACGCCCAGAUAAAGUAGCUGCUCUAGUUGGAGUAGCUGUAGCAGCAGACCAUCUUGUAGCAACUUUUAAGAAGCUUUCCAUUGAGGCACAAAAAGAAAUUGAAGAAAAAGGUGAAUGGAAGUUUCCAACCAAGCAUAAUGAGGAAGGAUAUUACUCCUUGACAUAUGACUUUAUCAGAGAAGCAGAAAAUCACUGUGUGCUAAAUAGUCCUAUUCCUAUAACCUGUCCCGUACGACUUAUUCAUGGCAUGAAGGAUGAUGUUGUCCCUUGGCAGAUCUCUAUGCAAGUUGCAGAGCGUGUUUUGAGCAAAGAUGUGGAUGUCAUCCUCCGCAAAACUGGACAACAUCGGAUGAGUGAGAAGGAGGAUACAAAACUUCUUGUGAAUACUGUUGAUGAUUUAAUUGACAAGCUGGCAACACUAACAUAAGCUGCAGAGUAGUGCUUGAACUCUACACCUGACUCUUUUCCAUGAGUAGUAGAAACCAAUGAGUAGCAGAAAUAGCAAGAUGCCAGGCCUGUGACUAUCACAGUAGGAACUGAGCUUUAUCUACUGUUUCCUUACCUCUGUUUCAUAAAUACAGGUAUUUUAUUAAUGCUGCAUUUGCCCAGAUGAUCCAAAAUGUGAAGGAGUGCUGCUGUUGUGUUCAGAACCUCUCCUUCCUCAUUUAACCCCUUUUUUUGCAAGCUUCCUACGCUUUUGUACUGAAACGUUGAUUCGUUUUCGUUACUAUUGGCCUGUACAGUAAACCUUCAAUUUCCCGUGUCUUUGACAACUUUUCAGUAUUGUCAUUUUGCUGUAACAUUCUUGUAUCUUAUGUCUGAAACAACCUGUGCAAGGCAAAGUACAACUCAAAUGUUUACUGAAGCUAUUGUUCUUAGAAAUAGUGAAUACCAUGAAGCAUAAUAAACAGAUUUCAGAUAAAUUA